AUGAAAAAUACAAACUUAAACAAUCUAAGAGAUGGAAUAGCAUAUGCAUUACCUCUUCUAAUAAUGGGUAUAAUAUCAGGAUAUUAUAUCAAUGUAAUAUUUAGUUUAUGUUUAAAUGGAUCUACAACGCUGCAAAAAAUCCCAGGUAUUAAUCAAUGCCUAGGUAUAAUUAUAAUUAUACUCUUAACAACAAUAAUCAUAAAUCUAAUAAAUGUAUUGUACAAUUUAGCUAUGAAAUACAUUUACAGUGAUGAUAUUGAUAAAGAUGAACUAGAAGAUACUAUCUUAAAUUACGACAAGAAAAUAAUACAGAACCUUUUUAACAGUCAAUUUAUUAUUUUAAUAAUUUAUUUUAUUGCUUCUCUUGACACAAUUAAUCAACUUUUAAUAAGAACUGUUUUAUUUAUGUCAAAUAUACUUUUUGAUAUACUUUUACCUGAUUUAGAUGAUUCUAAAUCUUUUAAAUACUUAUAUAAGACUAUUAACUUUUUUAUCACUAUUAGUAUGUUAUAUCUUUUAAACCCUCAAAAUUUAGGUCAGUUUGCAAUUUUAAGUUCUAUUAAUUUGAUUCUUUUAUUCAGUAAAGAAUACUUUCUAACUAAGGAAACUUCUAUUUUAACUAGAAAAACUGCUUCACUCGCAUAUUUAAAUUUAUGUAUUUUACAAACAUUUGUUUUGGCUAAUGAAAAUUUAAUAACAAAUACUCUUACUAAUUCUCUUGAAAAUUACAUUAAUAUUGUUGUAUUAAGUGGUAUUAUUCGUAAGAUUUUCGAUACACUCUUUGCAAAGGAAGAAAAUUAA